AUGGAAAUAUGCCAAGAUCUCACCUACAUAAAGUACCCUCAAACACUUGAGGUUCUCUGCAAAAUGUACGACGGUGAGUGUGGCAACCACUCUGGGGGCAAGUCACUGUCCCAGACGGCUCUGAACAUAGGCUACUUCUGGCCUAUCAUGUGCCAUGACUCCACCGAAUAUGUCAAGAAAUGUGAUCAAUGCCAGCGAUACAAGCCGAUCCCCAACUUGCCCGCCGAAGUCUACCAUCCGCAAAACAGUCCAUGGCCAUUCAUGCAAUAG